GUUUGAUAAAUAUUAGUCCCCAAGAAUAUUUUAUUCCCCACCCUUCAUUGACUUGCUCGCUUUUAAAUAUGUCACGUAAAGCCCUCGCAUUCGCUGGGUAUCUAGUAGAAUGAUAAUGCGCUUGACAUCGCCAUCAACAUUUCCUCCUCCACCAUCAUAUCUUUCCCAUCCCCCGAAUUCAUCGUUUCAUCUGCCAAACUGCAAAUCCAAUCAUUCCCACCAUGGACUCCGACUUCCCGGCCAGCAAAUCACCGAGGCGAGAGCUCCAAGGCCCGCGCCCGGCGCCGCUCAAGGUCCGCAAGGACUCCUACAAGAUCCGGAAGCCCCCCGUGGCUCCGCAGCAGCAGCAGCAACAAUCGUCACAGCAGCUGCCGGCCCCGCCCCGCCCGCCCGUCAUCAUCUAUGCCGUGUCCCCGAAGGUCAUCCACACGAACCCUAGCGAGUUCAUGUCGCUGGUCCAGCGCCUCACCGGGGCGUCGUCCACGUACUUGCCGUCCCCGGUGGCCUCCGGCGGGGUGUCGCCCGCGGCGCGGUUCGCGACGGUCGAGAAGGCGAAGCCGCCUGCAGGGAAGCAGAUCAGGGGCGGUGGGGACAUAUUGGAGGAGAUAGAAUCGAUGGGGCAACUUGGUCAUGGUGGGGUGAUGGAGAGGACCGGGUCAAUACCGGGGAUCUUGUCGCCCGGGCCGGCCUCGCUCCAGCCGAUCCCCGCGACCUUCUUCUCGCCGCCGUCGGACCCGAACCCGCUGAGCUUCUUCCAAGACUUGAGCCCGGCUCUUUAUAGCACCAAGAACCACUUCGGGGAGGGAAGUUUUUUGCUUCAGAGUCCAUCCCCAUUUUUCUCGCCUCGGAUAACUUCGCCUGCCCCAUCUUUAGAUUUCUUCAGUAAUUUCUUUGACUUGUAACACAACAUACUAGAAUAGGACAAACAUUUUAGAAACAUGGGUAGCUCAAUCAUGGAGAUUGCUGCAAUUUCUCAGCGUUUGUUACAUCAUAGACGGAGUUUUAAUUGGAA